UCGGUGUGGGAAGUAACCUAUAGGCCGGCUUACCGAAAGAAUAAGAGGAACACUCAAUCAUUCAUGGUGCAGCUUUUGUCAGUCUGUGCUUACUGGCUGCGUAGACUACUGGCACAGAUCGGAAAGAGUGGUAGCCUAGCCUAUUCCUGUAAAUACAUUAUUUACGCAGCAGCGGAUUGCUAGGUAGGCUAAUAUCACCACAAUCACGGAUACUGGUACAGUCCCGCUGGCUGAUUCAUUAACAAAAAUGAAACAAAUAUGUUAUGUUUUACUUUAUUUUUGACAGUCAAAUAGACAAAAACACGCAUUAUUUUUCUGUGACAGGCUGCGAUGUUCACGGCGGCAUAUAUUAUUAUGAAGCAUCAGGUAUGUGAUGGUGUCCAGUCCAGAGGGAGCCGGUGCCACACUUCGACUCCACAGGCACAAGGCGGCCGGCAGCUAGAUUACUGAGGGAUUACACGGACACUCGUUAACUCAAUGCCACAAAACCGAGACUGAGUGGGAAGUCUGGGAACAUCGACCAGGGAGGGACUGAAUGGGCGUUCGGCCAACUGACUGACAGACAGGAAGAGCAGGAUCCUCUACAAUCUCUGUGAAUGUAACUCUCAGCUAAUUUCACCAGCGGGAGUUGAGCUGGGAUCGCUCCGCUAGGAUCAGAGACCAGUGCUGAAUGUCUGCCUCUGCCAUCCAGCGCAUCUAUCUGUAGCAGGCACAGAUGGUGGGGUGUUGCUAUGACAACACUUGCCCUGCACCAGGGUGUGGAGUUGUCCCCUUACUUGCUCUACUGUCUUUGAUACGAGACCUCAUCAUGCAAUAACCAGUGGACACCAGUAGUCAGCUGAGCCAUGGCAAAACAGGACUCCUCACUGUUCCUCCACGGCUUUGACCUGGGGGGACACUUCAUAGACCCCCGGCCUCUGGGCAGCGGUGCCACUGGUCUGGUUCUGUCUGCUGUGGACAAGCGCAGUGGCCAACGGGUGGCUGUGAAGAAGCUGGUGAUGCGUGACGCGGUCAGCGUGAAGCACGCCCUGCGGGAGGUCAAGAUCACACGGCGCCUGCAGCAUGAGAACGUGGUGCGCGUGCACGAGGUUCUGGGCCCUUACGGCCACCCGCUGCCUCGCGACCCGGCCCAGCUGAGUGCCCUGUACAUCGUCCAGGAGUGCAUGGAGACGGACCUAGCUAAGCUGCUAGAGCAGGGACCACUUCCCGGUGGGCACGCCAUUUUGCUCUUCUACCAGCUACUACGAGGCCUCAAGUUCAUCCACUCAGCCAAUGUGCUGCACCGUGACCUUAAACCAGCCAACGUGUUCCUCAACACAGACCAGCUACUGCUCAAGAUUGGAGAUUUUGGCCUGGCCCGAAUCGUUGACCCACACUACUCCCAUAAGGGCUACCUGUCAGAGGGCUUGGUGACUAAAUGGUACCGGUCUCCGCGCCUGUUGCUCUCACCCAACAACUACACCAAGGCCAUCGAUAUGUGGGCAGCUGGCUGCAUCCUGGCAGAGAUGCUUACAGGCCGCAUGCUCUUCGCAGGAGCCCAUGAGCUGGAGCAGAUGCAGCUGAUCCUGUAUACGGUGCCUGUGUUGAGGGAAGAGGACCAUCACGACCUCCGGCAGGUCAUCCCCUCCUACGUCAGCCACGGUUGGAGGGUCAGGAGAUCCUUCAGAGAACUACUACCUGAAGUCGAUGCAGACGCCAUAGACUUCCUGGAGCGUAUUCUGACCUUUAACCCCAUGGACCGGCUGACGGCAGAGGCGGCCCUGUCCCAUCCCUUCCUGCAGCAGUACUCGUGUCCCCAGGACGAGCCCAUGUCACCCCAGCCCUUCCGUAUAGAGGACGAGCUAGAUGAUAGCCUGGUCACGGAGCCCGGCCACAGCCACAGCCAGGCCUCUAGCUCUCACUGGGACAGAUAUGAUACCAGCCUGUCAUCAGACCUGUACUGGCAGCAGCAGGGUGGCUGUCAGUGCAUGCCUGGGGUCUCGGAGGUGGUCAACUCCAAAGAGGAGGAGGUCCAGAGAGAUCCCAGGGCAGGUUCCUACCCUCUGUUGGAGGAGGCCCAGGUGGACCCUCGCAAGUAUUCCCACAGCAGCUCUGCCGAGCGCUUCUUGGACCACUCCCACUCCUCUCUGGUGCGGGCCUGUGGGGGCUGGGCUUAUGCUGAGCUGGACUGUGGUCGCUCCUGUGACUACAAAGUGGGCUCCCCUUCCUAUCUGGACAAGGUUGCGUGGAGGGACGGCAAGCCGCAGCACUACUCCGAGCCCAAGCUGAUCCUGGACCUGUCUCACUGGAAGAGGAAUAGCCAGCUCCCUGUGCCUGAGGGGCCUGAGCCUAGAGGGGCCAGCGUGAAGGAGCUGCCUGUCGAGGAGCCACCUUGGGACCUAUUCCAGGAGAUCUCUCGCUGGGUGGAGAGCACACAGACUCGCCUGUCCUCCGCCAGCCCACCCCAGGAACCCCUGUCCUACCCCAGCUCUCCCCAGGAACUCCUGUCCUUCCCCAGCCCACCCCAGGGACCCCUGUCCUUCCCCAGCCCACCCCAGGAACUCCUAUCCUCCGCCAGCCCACCCCAGGGACCCCUGUCCUUCCCCAGCCCACCCCAGGAACUCCUAUCCUCCGCCAUCCCACCCCAGGGACCCCUGGCCUACGCCAGCUCACCCCAGGGACCCCUGUCCUACCCCAGCCCACCCCAGGAACUCCUGUCCUCCGCCAGCUCACCCCAGGGACCCCUGUCCUACCCCAGCCCACCCCAGGAACCCCUGUCCUACCCCAGCUCACUCCAGGAACCCCUGUCCUCCCCCAGCCCACCCCAGGAACUCCUGUCCUCCGCCAGCCCACCCCAGGGACCCCUGUCCUACCCCAGCUCACCCCAGGAACUCCUGUCCUUUGCCAUCUCACCCCAGGGACCCCUGUCCUACCCCAGCCCACGCCAGGAACCCCUGUCCUACCCCAGCUCACCCCAGGAACCCCUGUCCUACCCCAGCUCACCCCAGGAACCCCUGUCCUACCCCAGCUCACCCCAGGAACCCCUGUCCUCCGCCAGCCCACCCCAGGAACUCCUUUCCUCCGCCAGCCCACCCCAGGGGCCCCUGUCCUACCCCAGCUCACCCCCGCUGCCCCCUUUUCCCACCUCUCUCCCUGCCCCACUCUUUCACAGUUGUUCGCCGGUCAUACAGCCAUCACGUGGACUGGACAAGCGUCACACACUCAGCCCGCCUGCCGCGUCCCAUUCCCCUCCCUCCCUGUUGCCCUGUUCUCCCUCGUCUCCUCCACCAAUGUCACCUCUCAUUCCUUCGUCGAUUCAUGAGCCCCCGCAGACUCUUCCCUCCAGGGGGCAAGGGGGCCCGUUUGACCUAGACAUGUUCAUCUCUCGAGCGCUGAAGCUCUGUGGUCAGAGUGAGGACCUGGGGGGAAGCCCAGACGGGGCCAAACGGGCCAACAUCAAGAGGGUACCUCGACUCCCGGAGCACCGGCCACCCCCACAUCAGACUCCCAACUCCUAAUAGGACCUAGGUCCAAGUCUACCACAGAGGGUGCUGGUAGACUGUGGGAACUGCUUUUAAGGCUACCACAGAAAGCACUGGUAGACUGUGGGAGCUGCAUUUUAGGGUACCACAGAAAGCACUGGUAGACUGUGGGAGCUGUGUUUAAGUCUACCACAGAAAGCACUGGUAGACUGUGGGAGCCGUGUUUAAUUCUACCACAGAAAGCACUGGUAGACUGUGGGAGCCGUGUUUAAUUCUACCACAGAAAGCACUGGUAGACUGUGGGAGCCGUGUUUAAUUCUACCACAGAAAGCACUGGUAGACUGUGGGAGCCGUUUCCAAGGACUGUGGUAUACUUAGUAAGACUUGCCUUGUAAAAAGCACGAGUUGACUCACACCCAAAGUAAUAAGCGAGGUGCUGACUAACAGAAUAGUAAACGUAUGGAGAAACACUCUAUAUACUGUAUACUCCCAAUGAUUACUCCCAGUGUAAAAUAGCUUUUUUUUUUUACCUGUUAUCAUUGCGGUGUGCAACUUUUCAUAAGUUGCCUUGACACUGACCCUUCUCACUUAAAUGAAUGAUGCUGGUCCUUUGGAUCAGAGCAGGAGGUGAGGAGAGAAAAGCGAGGAUCAAGAUCCGUUAGCUACAAACAACAUAAUGAGCUUCCGAUGGUUUUGCUACUGCAUACAGUAUGUCAUUGAGGUCACUGCUGUAAAUGAAUGUAUGUUUUACAGAAUCUAACGGAAAGUCGUAAGCCUAUGUAGUAAGCCUGCAUACAGUAUGUUGCUUGAAAGCAGCAACUGUACUCAUUACAAGAAUGCCUGCAAAUGAUCAACAGUUAGGUGGAAAGAGGAAAGUCCAGGUAUUGCAAAGCAAAAUCGCUUAAAGACAACGCAGCCAGCUAUAUUUGGUUAUAAUUUUGUUGAAAUUACUCUUUCAAACAUAACCCUUUAGGUUGUUUAGAUAUGUUCUAGAUGUAACUAUAGAUCUUCCUGCAGCAAAUACUUAAGAAGAAUGAUACGAAUAUCUUCCAUUGAGUGGGAAGUAUCUCCUAUAAGGAGUCUGAAUGUAUUUAUAGAUACACAUCUUAGCAUAAGAACAGUUAGCUCUGGUCCGUGGCAUUAGAGCCCCUUCUUCUACUAAGGAAUGUGUUAAUGGAGGAAGGCGCACUAACAACCUGGACCAGAGUUAAAUAACAGUCAAAGGGAGAUGGUCUCUCAAUAUAAUGAGGUUUUACUGUUGAACACUGCUGCUGUGAUUUCAGACAGUAUGCCUUGUACAAUUGUAUACAUUGAACUGCUGUUUCAUAAAGCAUCUUCCAGAUGCCAGUAAUGGUUUGUUCACAGGUUAAGUACAGCUUUUGGGAUUUAUGUGUGUGUGUGUGUGUGUGUGUGUGUGUGUGUUAUUAUUUAGCUGAAAGGGAGUUUUAUCACGGUAAUGCAGUAAGAUAUAUCUGUCUAGUACCUGCACAUCCACGUUGUCAUCACAGGGAGGUAUACUUAGAACAGUGGCAAACACAGUCAGCCUAGCUGAUAUCAAGCUGAUAACAGAAAGCCUAAGGAGUAGUCAUGCACAAGGCCGUGCAGCAAAAAGGCCACACACUCAUCAAGCACUCAAAACUCUUUAGGCUGCACCCCAAACAAAUAAACGGCACCCAAUUCCUUUAUAGUGCAAUACUUUUGACCAAAGCCCUAUGGACCCUGGUCAAAAGUAGUGCACUGUAAUUGGGAAUUGGGGUUUGCCAUUGGGGACGGAGAUCUUGUCUCAUGCUUUUACCAUUGUUACUACUAUUCAAUGACAGCUACCAUUCAAAAAUGGUUGUAUUUCAUAAUGAUAUACUCUCGAGUCAUGAGAAAUGUAUUAUUGCACAAUAUCACAUGACAUUGUAAAGGGGACAUAGUGACAUAAUGAGCUAACAUAGUCAAUUCUGGGAAUUGCAGGGUGCAAACUAUCUUCAGAGCAGAGCGAAGUUUUAAUAACAAAAGCACAUCAGACAGACAUUGCCAGGGACCAGGUUCUUAAAAGCCAAUUAGGCUUCAUGUGCAGUGACAGACGUAAUCUGGGCAAGUCCAUGAUAUUUUACUGGUAAAAUAACAGUCAGCAAUAAUAUCAGUACCAGUCAAAAGUUUGGAUACACCUACUCAUUGCAGGGUUUUUAAUUUAUGUUUGACUAUUUUCUGCAUUAUAGAAUAACAGUGAGGACUUCAACACUAUGAAAUAACACAUAUGGAAUCAGGUAGAAACCAAAAAGGUGUUAAACAAAUCAAUAUUCAUUUUAAAUUUGAGAUUGUUCAGAGUAGACACCCUUUGCCUUGAUGACAACUUUGCACAUUAUUGGCAUUCUCUCAACCAGCUUCAUGAGGUAGUCACCUGGAAAGCAUUUCAAUUAACAGGUGUGCCUUGCUAAAAGUUCAUUUGCGUAUUUUUUGCCCUUCUUAAUGCAUUUGAGCCAAUCAGUUGUGUUGUGACCAGAUAGGGUUGGUAUACAGAAGAUAGCCCUAUUUGGUAAUAUACCAAUUUCAUAUUAUGACAAGAACAGCUCAAAUAAGCAAAGACAAAUGACAGUCCAACAUUACUUUAAGAAAUAAAGGUCAGUCAAUCCGGAACAUUUCAAGAACUUUGAAAGUUUCUUCAAGUGCAGUGGCAAAAACCAUCAAGCGCUAUGAUGAAACUGGCUCUCAUGAGAACCGCCACAGGAAAGGAAGACCCAGAGAGAGUUACCUCUACUGCAGAGGAUAAGUUCAUUAGAGUUACCAGCCACAGAAAUUGCAGCUCAAAUAAAUGAUUCACAGAGUUCAAGUAACAGACACAUCUCAACAUCUACUGUUCAGAGGAGACUGCGUGAAUCAGGCCUUCAUGGUCGAAUUGCUGCAAAGAAACCACUUCUAAAGGAAACCAAUAAUAAGCAUUCUGCAGCAAUACGCCAUUCCAUCUGGUUUGAACUUAGUGGGACUUUCAUUUGUUUUUCAACAGGACAAUGACUCAACACACCUCCAGGCUGUGUAUGGGCUAUUUGAUCAAAGAGAGUGAUGGAGUGCUGCAUCAGAUGACAUGGCCUCCACAAUCACCCGACCUCAACCCAAUUGAGAUGGUUUGGGAUGAGUUGGACCGCAGAGUGAAGGAAAAGCAGCCAACAAGUGCUCAGCAUAUUUGGGAACUCCUUCAAAACUGUUGGAAAAUCAUUCCAGGUGAAGCUGGUUGAGAGAAUGCCAAGAGUGUGCAAAGCUGUCAUCAAGGCAAAGGGUGGCUACUUUGAAUAAUAUAAAAUAUUUUUUUGAUUUGUUUAGCACUUGUUUGGUUACUACAUGAUUCCAUAUGUGUUAUUUCAUAGUUUUGAUGUUUUCAAUUUUAUUAUAUGAUGUAGAAAAUAGUAAAAAAUAAUGAAAAACCCUUGGUUGAGAAGGUGUGUCCAAACCUUUGACUAUUACUGUACAUAGUUAGAUCCAAUAUGCUUGUUGUGACAGAAUAUGUCCCUUUUAGUCUGAGUCGGUUCAUGAAUGAGCCUCAGAAUAGGCCUACAGCUCAAUGGUUCCAGCUCCCUGAAUGUAAUAGUUUUGCAUGGCUUGGUCCUUGAUUAAACUGUCAAAUGAUUUUAACUACAUGACUUUAAUAAUGUUAAAUCGUGGACAAUCUUUACUUGAGGGUGUCCUGCUUGUAUCACGUAUGGUGGAAGCGGCAGUUUUCACAGCUGAAAUCAAUUUACUCUUAUCCCUUUUGUAGUUCCUCUUUAGAUGAUGAACAGACAAAUAAAAGUUGACUGAACAUUUUUUGAAGGGUGUUUUUUUCUUCUUCUUAUU